UUCAUUGGUGAUGUUAGAAAAUAUGUUGCACGUGCUUGAAAUAAUGGCCUGCACAUUGAAUGCGAGAGCUGUCUCACCUGUCUUUUCUUCACUUCCCCGAUAUGAUUCCACUCACAUCGACCAUACCCCCGCAUUUUCCACGUGCCUCUCUUCAUUAUCUCCACCCCACUCUCCCCUGCCCUUUCUCAUCCCCGCCGCGCCGCCGCCUCUCCGCCAUGCCGAUCGGCGAUUCUCCCACGCCUCUCCGCCAGAGCUCAUUGCCUUUCGAGCUCAAAGACAAAUCCGAUUUUGAUCAAAUCGUGUCUUCCGACGAACUUGUUUCUGUCUGCGGCUUCGGCUCUCUGCUCUCCGAGAGAAGUGCGAGGAGCACAUUUCCUGAUUUGAUCAAUUUUAGAAUUGCAAAAUUGAAUGGAUUUCGGAGAGUUUUUGCACACGCAGCUCCUAUUUUCUUUGAACGAGGCAUAGCAAAACCGGAAACUAAGGAGAUUUCAAGCUUAAGCGUGGAACCUUGCGAAAGUGAAACUCUUAUCGUCACCACUUUUGAGAUUCAGAAAUCAGAGAUUCCUGCUUUUAUUGAAAGAGAACAUGAAUUCCGAUUUUUAGCUGUCAUUCCUGAAACACUUAACGGGUUGUUUUACACAACUCCAGCGGUAUUAUGUGCACGCUAUAGUGAUGAAGAAUACUUUCUGAACCGAUGUAAAGGGAGCGAGGAUAUCUUGUUUCAACGGUAUGGGAAGUAUGGCAUCACCAAGAUUUGGAUGGAUGACAUCUUACCUUGUCGGGCUUAUCUGCGCCACUGUGUAUUGGCAGCAAAGAACCUUAGUGAUAUGGCCUACGAUAACUUCCUAGAUCACACAUUUCUUGGUGAUCGUUCAACAACUAUUCGCGAAUACUUAGCAACCUCAGGAUCGGGCAUAAUGGAAGAGGAGCCACCCGAAGAUCUGAAACAUCGCUAUGGAGGUUGAUAUGAACCGCUCCUGGAUGUGUCUGCCGAAGCGAUAUUUGCCCCUUGCCGUAUGUAGGAAGACAUUUUUCUAUAGGUAUAAAUAUUCUUAUUUAAGUUAUUUGGGACCAUAUAGAAUGAUAUGUAAGCAUUGUUUUUAUCUUCUUGUACAGUUCCAUUGUUGUCAGUAUUUCAAGUUUUCAAGAAAAAAUUACUUUGAUCUUAUUCAUUCUCCCUUGGAAAAGUGAUUGUAAUCCUAUUAUAAAAGCAUUGUAAUCCUAUUAUAAAAUGAGUUUAUAUUUGAGAUUAUAUAA